ACACAACAAAGAAGUCGGCUGGUUCGGACGGUACCGUCCAGGAAGCAGCAGAGCAGUCACGUUGAGACAGACUAGGCUGCAUCAGCGCCGCACGCGUGUUUUGCUUGCGCGAGAGAAAGAGAGUGUCGGAGGCAGCCGCCGCGGCAGUCACCGUCAGUCGGCGAGAGGCCUUCGAGCACUACUGACUGACUGACUGAGGAGUAACUGGAGGGACGUCGUCUACCCGCGAAAAGCGUCAUUUCGAAAAACCGGAUUUCCCACGCAUCGCGGGCCCCCACUUUGGACGACCCACACGCCGUUGUGACGCGGUGCGGUCAGCAUGGAGGCCUUUUAUGGUCGCACCAGCAGGUCGCUUUGGUCGUGGGCUCCGACUGGCACACCCCUUCUGUAGGUAGGUGUCCCCCGUCUCGCUGGCCACGUGACCCCCACGGAUUAUGCCGUGUUGAAGGCGCGCAGCUGACAGCACAGGACACUCGACGGUGGGGACGAAAGUGCAACCGCCCGGCCUGCACUCGCACCAACCGGCCGCACAGUCGCUAUUAGGUGGUGGACCCUGACUUGGUCAUGAACCCAGUGAUUGUUUGACUUGCUGGUGAUUUUGUGGUGCACAAAUGUCGACCCAGUCGUACUACAAGGAGCGGCUCGGCUUCGACCCUAAAGAGGAGGCCAACCAAUUCGACAAAAACCAACAGGGCUACGAGGAGAACUUGUCAAAGUUCAAAGGUUUGUGGGAGAUUUUCGUUUCAACUCUAGAUGAACGUGAUGCCAUACAGAAGAAGACCUUCACCAAAUGGGUGAACAAGCACUUGAAAAAGCACUGGAAAUAUAUUCAGACCUACACGUGUCUCCACGUGUGUUCUAAUACCAGUGGACCUUGCUGCUCUCCAAUCGCCAACCGUCACGUGAAUGAUUUAUUCGAGGAUCUGCGAGAUGGCCACAGCCUCAUCUCGCUGCUUGAAGUCCUCUCCGGCGAGCACCUGCCGCGAGAGAGAGGUCGUCUGCGAUUCCACAUGCUGCAGAACGUGCAAGUGGUGCUCGACUUUUUGCGAUACAGGAAGAUAAAAUUGGUGAACAUCCGAGCGGAGGACAUCGUUGACGGGAACCCCAAGCUGAUCUUGGGCCUCAUCUGGACCAUCAUUCUGCACUUCCAGAUCUCGGACAUCGUGGUAGGACAGGAGCCAAACGUCAAUGCCAAAGACGUGCUCCUGCGUUGGGCCCGCCGCACAACGGCCCGCUACCCCGGCGUCCGCGUCAACGACUUCACUCAGAGCUGGCGCGACGGCCUCGCCUUUAGCGCCAUCGUCCACCGCAAUAGACCCGACCUCAUUGACUGGAGGAACAUCCGCAACCGAGCUGUUCGUGAGAGACUGGACCAGGCAUUCCAUGUUGUCGAGCGAGAGUACGGAGUCACCCGACUUCUCGAUCCUGAAGAUGUGGACACACCACAACCUGACGAGAAGUCACUCAUCACUUACAUUUCGUCCCUUUACGAUGUCUUCCCUGAACCGCCACCACUCCAUCCACUUUUUGACCCUGAACUGCAACGACGCACUGGAGAGUACCGCGAAAUCGCGAGCUCACUGGUCAUCUGGAUGAGGGAAAAGCUUGUGGUCAUGCAAGACCGCAACUUCCCCCCUACCCUUAUCGAGAUGAAGAAGCUGGCAAGCGAAUCUUCGCGUUUCCGCAACGAAGAGGUGCCCGUGAAGCAGCACGAGAAAAACCGGCUGGCACAUCUCUGGCGCGAAAUGGAGAAGCAUGGCGAGGCAAACGAAGUUGAGAUUGAGAUCGAGCUGCGCGUGGAGACGCUCGAAAAACACUGGAAUCGGCUGAUGCAGGCGCACCAGGAACGCGACCAGGCCAUUGUGGAGGAAAUCAAACGACUGGAAAGACUGCAGCGGCUGGCCGAAAAGGUUCACCGCGAGAUGAAGGGCGUCGAGGGCCGGCUGGAGGAGCUUGAGCACCGCGUGGACGAAGAGGCUAGACGUCUAGACCGCCUCCACCCGCUCGACGCAAAGCACAACGUCGACGCUUUGGAACACGACCUCAGAAUCGUGGAAGACAGCAUCCAAGCCCUUUUCAAUGAUGUGCAGGUGCUGCUGGACGGCAGAUACCCUCAGGCCCAGGAGCUGCACAAGAGGGUGCAGAAGUUGCACCAGCGCUGGGUUGCCCUGCGAUCCAUGCUGCACACCAAGCUUAUUUCCCAGCUGGCGUCUAUGACCUUCCCUGUGGAAGAAAGAACAGUUACCAGACACACGAAAACCGUCACAGAAACCAGGAUGGUCGACACAAACGUUCACUUCCGGCAGCUACAAGAAUGCAUCGACUGGUGCAGAAUGAAGCUGAGCAAUAUCGGCGAAGCUCGUUUUGGUAACGAACUGGCCGAAGUCAACCUUGAGUUGGAAGCACAAAUCAGAGAACACAAUCUGAUCGAACAGUUCAACACUCAAGUGGAACAAUGCAUUGGCGCCAAGAAUAACUUCAGCGGAGAAGAACUCAUUCUGUACACACAGCAAUUGGUAGUGCUGCAGAAAAUGUACAUUGAGCUGCGCACCAUUUCCGCCAAGCGCCUGCACGACUUAGAGGUGCUGCAAGACUUCCUGCAGUCAGCCACCAAUGAACUCAUGUGGCUUGGUGAAAAGGAAGAAGCAGAAAUCAAGCGCGAUUGGAGUGAUAAGAAUCUGGAUCUGCAGGCCAUUGAGAGCUACUAUGAGCGCGCAUAUGGGACUGCAGUUCACCAGAACCUGAUGAGUGACCUAGAGAAGAGGGAAAUUCAGUUCAGCGCCGUUCAAGAUCGUGGUGAGGCGCUGGUUCUGCAGCACCACCCUGCUGCCAAAACCAUUGAGGCUUACAUGACCGCCAUGCAGAACCGAUGGGCCUGGCUGCUGCAGCUGACCCUCUGUUUGGAAACGCACCUGAAACAUGCUACCCACAACCAUGCCUUCUUCAGAGAAGCCAGGGAGUGCGAGCAAUGGAUUUCACAGCGAGACGAAGUUCUUAACUCUGUGUAUUCAGUGUCCGAAUUCUCUCUUGAUGAAGGAGAAAGGCUUCUGAAGGGCAUGCAGGAGCUCAGGGAGGAGCUGGCUCACUACGGUGAAGUCGUCCAAGCCCUCGUCGACCGUGCCAAGGACGUGGUUCCUUUGAAGCAGCGCAGGCAGCCGGUUUCCAGGCCCAUGAAAGUCACUGCCAUCUGCAGUUACAAGCAGAACAACGUCUCUAUUGACAAAGGAGACCAAGUGACCCUGCACGACAAUGCUCAGAGGAGCAAGUGGAAGGUGACCACGAUCCACAAUGUUGACGCUGGCGUGCCUGGCGUUUGCUUCAGCCUGCCGCCUCCAUGCAAGGAUGCCAUCGACUUGGCUGAGAGGCUGCAGAGGCAGUUUGACCGUUCAGUCGCCCUGUGGCAGAAGAAGCAGCUCCGCAUGAGGCAGAACAUGAUCUUUGCCACCAUCAAGGUUGUCAAGAGCUGGGACCUGCAGCAGUUCCUUGCCAUGGGUCAAGAACAAAGAAACGCCAUCCGUAAGGCUCUGAACGAAGAUGCUGACAAACUUCUGCAAGAGGGAGACCCUAAUGACCCUCAACUUCGCAGACUGCGUAGAGAAAUGGAUGAGGUUAACAGGCUGUUUGAUGAGUUUGAGCGAAAGGCCAAGUUGGAAGAGGAAAUGAAGCAGCUGACUCGCCUGUUCAAUGAGAAGUCGAGCAAUCUGUUGGCUCAGCUGGAGGAAAUCGAGCACACAAUGGCUAUGCGAUCCGUUGCUAUCAUUCCCAGAGACGUUGACACCCUUGAACACCUUGUCAUCGACCACAAGGAGCUUGAACAGCGACUGCAGUCGCUAGAGCCCGAGGUUGAGGCUGUGCAGAACGCGUUCCGCUCCAUUCCUCGCAAGUCGCAGUCCAUGCAGACCAAAAUGGACACCAUCAUCAACAAGUGGACCACUUUGUGGAGCUCAUCUCAUCUUUACAUUGAAAGGAUGAAGUGUGUUGAAAUCGUUCUAGCCGGUCUUGAUGAGGCCACAACUGUUGUCUCUGAAUACGAGCUCAAGCUCGCUGCAUACAGAGAAAUGCCAUCUGACUUGGACGCACUCCAGCAUAUGCACGAGCAGCUGAUGCAUCUGCAGUCAACCAUGCAGCAACAGCAGCACAUUAUCGACCAACUGGGUGAUGACGUGGUUAACACCAGGCGCCUGGUCGAAAAAUCCAGACCUGCUUCCCAGAGAGCCCAUCCGGACGUGGACAGGCUGGAACAGGACGUCCACAGAGUUACCAGCAGAUGGGCUUCCGUUUGCAACCAGAUGGUCGAAAGACUUCGCAGCUGCGAAGCUGGUUAUGAGCUCCUCCAGAAAUACAGCAGCCAGUAUACCCAGGAGGUCACCUGGAUUGAUGAGAGCUACUCGCAGCUGAAGACUCUGUCUCCCCUGGAGGGAUUGGCUAGAGAACAGAUUGAGCCAACAACAGCACUUUAUAAAAAGGUGAAUGAACACAUGCCACAAUUAGAGAAAGUCAAUGUGGUAGGAUCAAGAUUCAUUCGGGAGGCAAAGAUUUACGCGUCCAGGCUGCAACAAUUCAGGCGGCUAGUCGAGGAAUUGCAGCCGAGCUUCGACGCCAGCCAACAAACGAAAAAGCCUCGUUCGUCGUCCCCGCCAGGAGACGAAGUCGUCAGCCAGCAGCUGGACACUCUCAACCACCAAUACCAGAGUCUGCUGGACAUUCUGUCAGAUAGACUGAAGCAGUUCGCGGCUCUGCACCCUGAUGACCCAGCUGUCCAGCUCAUUGUGACGCAGAUGAAGCCGCGUGAAUUCCGCACAUUCAGGACCGAACUGAACUUAUCAGACAUCGGCACUGAUCCAAGAAUAACAGAUAACGAGCAGGACUUUGUCGACUCUUCACCACUACACAGCAGAUCGACCAAAGUCAUCGUCCACUCCCGAGAGGGCUCGCCGCAAAAGAGUCCUUAUCACAAUGGGGGCACAAACGGCAACUACGAUCCCAAUGGAACCAGUCUAGUCUUUUCCGAAACUCGCUCAGUACGUAGGAUUUAUUCAAGUGACCCUGGUGGGGGUAGUGGAGAUUUGAGUCAAACUAAGGGGAUUAUUGACCCAAGAAGUGGGGAGGUUUUGACGUUGGCCGAAGCCAUAGCCAAAAGAAUAUUAGAUGUUAGGACAGGUCAGUUGAUAGACCCGAGAACGGGCAACAGAAUGAGCAUUGGUGAGGGAGUGGCGGCCGGCCUCAUCGAAGAGAGGUUGGCCCAAAAGUUGUUGGGCCCGGGUGGCGUCGACAUCGACAAUCGGCCCACUACCCUUCUAGAAGCAAUCCAGAAAGAAAUCCUGGAGGCUGAAAGGGGUGGCACGUUUGUAGAGCCCAACACUGGCAAAAAGCUGUCCUUUGAAGAAGCCUACAACCUUGGACUCGUCAGGCGGGAACAGGUAAGCCCCCUCCUUUCUUGCUUACUUGCUGCACCUCCCACCAUCGACGAGGCCAUCGCAAAGGGUCUCUUGGACCCUAAAAGCGCCUCUUACGUAGACCACAGCACUGGGUUGACUAUCCCUCUUUCCGAAGCGAUCGAUAGGGGGUUGAUUACGGUCACGACAAGCACUCUCAUCUAUAGAACACCCGGCGUCUCUUUGUCGGACGCUAUCACGCAGAAUUUGGUGGAGGAAUAUUCAGGGCAGCUAGUUGACCGAAGAACGGGCGAGAAACUGACCCUUGACGAGGCAGUUGACAAGGGCAUUGUAAAUCCUGGAAUCAGGGAGGUCGUCGACUCAGCCCAAGAUGUCAAGCUGACCCUGAAGACCGCAAUGGACGUUGGCAUCAUCAAUGCUAUCCAGGGCCGGUAUGAACACCGCGCCUCUGGAGAGCGCCUCACGUUCCACGAAGCACACAGAAGGAAACUGAUCAUUCGACCGAUGACUCUGAAGGACUGUUGCGACCAAGAGUUGAUCAGCGAAGACGGAAAGAUUACCAGUCCAACACACAGGCGCAAAAUCAGUAUUUUGGAAGCGAUCGCGGCAGGCGUUUUGGACGUUGACGCCAGGUCUGUGAGCAAUACAGCAACCGGAGAGUUGUUGUCCCUGUCACAAGCCCUUGCUUCCGGAAUUAUUUUACCAGAGGGGAAGUACAAAGAUGUUAAAGCCGACACUCUGCUCACAAUACCGGAGGCCGCUGACAAAGGCCAGAUAACGUCGGUUGCUCAAAAAAUGAUUUUCGACAUAGACGGAAUUCGUGAUCCAGACACAAGCGAGUAUGUCAGUUUGAAUAUUGCACUUCUCCGGGGUUUGCUCGACCCAAACACAGGUGAGCUUAUUUUGGAUCCCUCUACAGGGGAAAGCUUGUCCCUCCAGGAAGGCGUUGAAAUGAAGCUAGUGCAGCCGCAAGUGCUCGAAAUGCUCAACAGAAAAGUGGGCAUGACCGAUAAAGGUAGAGAAUUGUCUGUGAUUGAUGCUGUGAUUAGAAAGAAACUAGACCCCAGAACGGGGCAGAUUUUAGAGAACGGCCAUCCCAUUUCAGUGGACGAGGCCAUCCGCAAAAACAUAAUUACGCCCGAAGGCGCCGCACUGCUUUCAGGUCUCCUGGACAUUACAGUGACCACUUCGACCGUCACAAAAACGAUCAAACGCUACGUUACCGUUACGUCAAGUGGCGUGACCAACACAGAAGUCACCAUGAGCUACGGAGAGGCCAUCAGGCGCGGCUUGGUCGACGAGUCCGCCGAAACUUUCAAGCAUCCCUCUUCUGGCUUAAUCAUGUCAAUCCAAGAAGCUGCCCAGCAGGGGCUCAUCAGUGGCGGUUCGCGCACUCCGUCGCCAGUUAAAAGGCCGUCCAGCAAGGAGCAGUCGCCGGUCAAGGAGCAACAGAAGCGCCCAAGCAGCUCGACCGAAGGUUCGCCGACAAAAACCAGGCGCGGCAGCAGUCCUUCCCCCUCUGGCGCUGACAGACGCAUUUUUGAGCUACCCCCAGAUGGGUGGUUCUUGUCGGAGGCGAUCGACCAGCGACUGUUUGACCCCGUGAUCGGACUCUUCACGAUUCCAGGUACCGAUCGGCUCGUUUCGUUCGAGGAGUGCGUAAAGUUAGGCAUCAUAAAUCCGGACUCUGCUGAAGCGGUGGACACCAGCAACGGCCGUUUGAUAUCUCUCAUGCGGAGCCUGGAUAAACAUAUCAUCGAUGCCACAGGACACUACAAGGAGAAAACUGGCAAGAAGAUAACCAUGAAAGAAGCGAUUGAAAAUCGGCAAGUGAUUUUGAAGGGCAGAAUGGAAGUUGAAGACGACAGUUCACUUUCUUCCAGGCUGAUUAAAAUCACGAAAGUGACGGGCAGACCUGACAAGCUGGAGGUUUCAGAUGUCAGUGAUGAGUCUCAAUUUAUUGAAAUCCACAGCGCUGUUGACUCCUUUGGAAGCGAACCGGUUGAUCCAGUGCGAGUGAGCGCAGGGGUAGUAUUCGACCCCACGUCCGCAACCGUGUUGCUCUUGCCUGAAAAUGAAAAUGACAGCGCAGCCACCACCAACCUCGUUACGGCCGUUCUGCAAGGAAAAAUAGAGCCACGCUUGGUCAAAGUUAAAGAUUCGUACACUGGAAAAGAACUGAAUAUUAAUGAGGCGAUUCGCAAGGGCCUCGUUGACAAGCACACUGGCGAAUACCGUGAUAGAAGUGGCCGCAAGUUUUCGCUAACUGACGCUGCUAAACUUGGAAUAGUGACAGUGAUCGGCGCCCCUUUGGUCGCAGGAAUGGCAGUGGCUGAGGGAGUGAAAAGAGCAAUUAAGAAAACCGCUACCAUUUUGGACCAGAGCACAGGUGAAGAGGUGCCACUGGAAGAAGCGCUCGAAAAGGGAAUUAUUGACGAGAAGAUCUACCAAGAAAUUAAAAACGGCCACCCUUCGCCAGAGAAAAUGGUAGCAUCAAGAGUUGAAACAACGAAAACAUCGAUCAUUAUCCAAGAUCCGCAGACUGGCGAAGAAGUGCCAAUCAAAGAUGCACUUGAAAAAGGACUCAUCACACCCGAACAGCUUGAAGAGCUGUGUAAUAAAAAUAUCAUGCAAGAGAGAACUGUUGAAACAAAAACUCUGCUUGUUGAAGACGAAGACAUGGAGCCCUCAGAAGCUGAAAAGACGCGAGAAAGAGUCACAACAGAGCCCAAGUACAGUGUUACCAUCGGCAGAGCUAGGUCAUUCACGCAGUCACCAGAGCGCGAAGCAAAGCCUGUCGUAUUGCAGAAGAUGCGCAAGAAGAUGGUGAAGCCAAAAGAUGCAAUCGACUCAGGUCUUAUUGACGAGAAAACCGCAAAUCUGCUUGAAAAGCUCCAAGGACCCGAAGGUGCGUCUCUGAGCUUAGACGAAGCACUGUCUCAAAACCGACUCGACGGUAGCCAAGGACAAAUCAAAGAUCCCCAACGAGGUGAAAAAUUAAAUAUUUCAGAGGCUCUCGAGAGGGGAAUUUUGGACUCGCAAUCUGGCCAGUUGCUAAUUCCAGUCGCUCACUCCUUGUCCAUACCGGAGCUAGUUGAGCAGGGGCUGGUAGAUAAAGACAGCGGAAAGAUCAUUCAUCCUGAAACAGGAACUCUGCUCUCCCUGAAAGAAGCUUUAUUGUGUGAUAUUGUGGACCCAAUGUCACCCGUGAACGACCCUCUCACUGGCGAGACAAUGACUCUAGCAGAAACCAUUCAAAAUGGAUCAAUUGAUGCAAACGAAACUGUUCUAGUCACAAGAGAAUUCCCGAUCGAUCUGCUCACUGCUGUGAACGAAUACAAUUUUUUCCAGCCGACAAAGCACUCGCCAGACGCAUUGCCUUUGCCUCCAGUUGGCAUGACAUUCCCGUUGGCUUUGCAGAGAGGUCUGGUUGACGCUGAAACAAUUGAAAUCAUCCAUCCCAUCACUGGCAAGAGAAGGCCAAUUGAUGUGGCUAUCAAAGACGAUUUUAUUAUGGCCCUUCCGCAUCCGGUUUCACCAGACAGCGUUGAAGUCACUCAAGCGCUGCAGUGCAAUUUGAUCGACAGUCAAAAUGGAACUUUCACCAAUCCAAAGUCGGGCAAAGAGGUGCCCGUUUCAGAAGCAGUCGAAAUUGGCCUGUUAGUGGUAAAACCGGUCCCUCAUCACCUCUCCAGCUUCUCUGGGCCCGUCACUGCCGUGACCGAAACGGUUACUUCGUAUCACACGAUCACCACGAAAACAAUUGAACUGAAACCAGGCUUUAUUCUUGUCAGCGCGAACGAAGUGAAAAACGUGAAGACUGGAGAAGUGCUGACUUUAGAUCAAGCACGAGAUUUAGGCGUGGUGAAUGAUGAGUCUGAAGUCAAAAAAGAGUUCAGCACGAGAGAAAUAAAAAUGGGAUUUUCAGAUGCCGUCGAAAAGGGUCUGGUUGACCUGAAAAAUGGAACUUUCAGUGAUCCAACCAGCGGGACAAUAUCAAUCGAAGAAGCAAUCACUAAAGGACUUCUCGACACCGCCCCUAAAUUGGCUCCAAUCGCUCAACCAAGUGGAGCCAUGAAUGCGAUCGAAGCGUUUGAUUCAUUAUACAAUCCCGAAUCACAGUCCUUUACCGACCCAAGGUCUGGAAAACCGCUUAGCUUUGUGGAGGCUGUUGAUGCUGGAUUAAUAGGCAAAGACUCGGUCGUUUAUGACAUUACUCGCGGAAAACAACUCACAACUAAAGAAGCAAUUGAAAAGGGUUUGCUUGAUCCGCAAACUGGUUUCAUGAAAGAUUCUCACUCAGAAAAAUCUCUCAGCCUCAAAGAUGCUGCAAAACUAGGACUAUUAGCUGUUGUUGGAGCACCAAUUCUGGCUGGAAAAGCUAUAGUGGACGCUGUGAAAAGUUCAAGAAUCUCGCAGCAAGAAUCUCCUGUUGAAGAAAGAAGAUCGUCAUUGAAAGAGAAAUCUCCUAUAAUUACAAUAAAAUCGUCCCAGACCACGCCGGUUUAUGAAAAGUGCUCAUUGAAAGACGCAAUCAGCAAUAAAAAAAUUCAACCGCGCACUUGCACAAUCCAUAUUCCCAUCGAAAAGCCUCUGACCGUGGAAGAUGCAUUGAAUUGUGGACUUGCAGUUCCUGAAGACAUCGUGGAAAUUGUUUCACGACUCGAGGUUCAUCUCAUCGAAGAAGUGAGAAACCCUCCUACGACCUACAGCUUGGACAAAGACUCUUUUGUAAACGAAGGAAUCUAUGACCCUGAGAGUGGGACGUUCAAAGAUCCUGCAACUGGAGAACCAAUCGCAUUCCACGAAUUAGUUGCUGAUGGAGUGUUCAAUCCCGAGACCACAUUUAUCAAAGAUCUGCGCACUGACGAAUUCAAGCCUUUAAAAGAAGUCCUUGGUAGCCUAAUUGAUAAAAAUACUGGAAAAAUUGUGGAUCCAAAAACUGGAAAGCGCAUCUCUUUCUUUGAUGCAGUCGAGAUGGGUUUGAUUCAAGAGCAGAAUAUCAUGGACGACUCGAUUGAAUCGAGGACUCCUGCUCUCUCUUUGACAGAGCUAAUUCAAAACGAAAUCUACGAUCCAGAAACUGGUGACCUUACUGAUCCCACAACGGGGGAGAAAAUCAGUCUUGCCGACGCAAUCGCUACUGGAAUUGUCGACCCACGCUCAAUUAACAUUCGAAACCCUGAAAACGACGACAUCAUCCCUCUCUCUGACGCUAUCAAGUUUGGCAUAAUUGACUUACAAAGAGGCGUGAUCAUCAACACUGAAACGAAGAAAGAGGUUGAGCUGAAAGUCGCAUUCCUCAACGGUCUGAUAGUGAGCAAACGUAAACCACUCUCUCUACAAGCGAUUGUGCAGAAAAAGCUCUAUGACAGCCAAACAGGGCUAAUCAAAGACACACUGACGCAGAAUGACGUCACUUUAGAUGAAGCAAUUAAGCGUGGUAUCGUAGACGUUUUCAGCACCGAGUGCAAGGACACCAUCAAGGGCCAGUACGAGCUUCUUGAAGACUCGAUGAACAAUGGAAUCGUUGAUCCAAUCGACGGAAAAUACAAUGAUCUAGCUACCAAGCAAAAAAUUCCUUUGGACGACGCAGUUAAUAAAACGCUAAUCAGAACAGUGAAAGACCCUGUGGAGCUAAUUGACGCGAUUAAACUCGAAAUAUAUUCGCCUGCCACCGGCAAAAUUUUCGAACCUUCCAGUGGAGAUGAAAUUACACUUAAAAAGGCGAUAUCAGAUGGCUUCAUUGAUUGCUCAACUUCUAGAAUUAAAAAUGAUCUCAAUGGCAAAGUGGUCCCUGUUGACGAAGCUGUAAAAACGAAGCUCUUGGACGACGAAGAAGGCAUCGUCACCUAUCCACACACAAUGAAAUUAGAUUCGGCAUUGGAAAAAGGCUACAUAAUGAGCACCAAGAAACCGUGGUCCUUGCAAGAAGCGCUGGCGCACGGCUGCUAUGACCCCCAAACGGGUCUCAUGACCAUCGGAGAAACUUGCACUCUUGACGACGCAAUGAAAAAGGGAGAUAUCAAUAGAAGCGCUCUCACCGUCAAAGACCCGCGGUCAAGAGACAUCAUCACCCUCGGAGAAUCGAUCAAAGUUGGCAUCAUCAACCCCAAAGAAGGAAUGGCCACCGACCCAACCAACGGCGCCGACAUGCACUUCUAUGAUGCCCUCGAGCGCGGCCUGAUCAUUCCGGCCAAACGUAAAUUCUCCCUGCCCGAAGCCGUCUUCAAAGGAUUUUAUGAUCCAAAAUCAGGCAAGUUCAUUAGUCCAGAGUCACAAGAAAAGCUAUCUACUGACAAGGCAAUCAGAGGCGGCCUCAUUGACCCAGCUUCGACUUUGGUUAAAAGUCACAUCACUGGCGAAUUGGUCACUUUCGUCCAGGCCAUGAAGGACGGAUUGAUUGACGCGAAAGCAGGAACCCUGAAAACUGGUCGCUUCAAAAGAGUCGACUUCCAAGAAGCUUUUGACCAAGGUUUGUUGAUCGAGGCGCGUGUGCCUAUGUCCUUGAGCGAGGCGCUCGCCAAAGGCGUGUUUUGCGAAAGGAGAGCGAGGUGGCUUGACCCCAGCACUGGAGAAUGGCUGACUCUUGAAGAGGCUCUCGAAUGUCGCCUCGUCGACCCAGAAUCGGUCCACGUCAGAGACACCAAAUCUGGCUUCUGGAAGAAAAUAUCAUUGGCCGAAGCAAUCGGCGCCGGUUUCAUCGACAGCGAUUCCGGCAAACUGAGAGACUACGAAAGAGACGUCGAGGUAACUUUGUCGCAAGGCUUUGAUUUGGGACUGAUCGUGGACAGUAAAGCAGCAAUCUCAUUGCAAAAGGCUAUUCACCAAGGCCUCUACGAUGAUACUUGCGGAAAAAUCACUGACCCAAACUCGGGCAGAAAAAUUACAUUGCACGAGGCGAUUCGCAGAUACAUUAUCAAUCCUAUGCUGCCAUGCUUCUGGGACAAAAAAUCAGGCCGCCUAAUGUCUUUGGUGGAAACCUGCCGUGCAGGAAUCAUCGAUCGCCGCGCAGGUAGUUUUCACGAACCUGGCUCUGACGUUGUGGUUUCUAUAUCGGAAGCUUUAGAACUAGGACUGAUUGUGGAUAUUGAAAACGCAUUUGGUCUUUACGAAGCCAUCAAAAUGGGUCUUUAUGACAAUGAAACAAAGAAAUUCGUUCAUCCGUCAAGUGGACGCAAACUCGCUUUGAGCGAAGCCUGCAAGGAAGAAUUCAUAAAUCCAAAAUUGUCUAUUAUAAAGCACGCUAAGUCUGGCUCGUACAUGAAGCUACCUGAAGCCAUUGAAGCAGGUCUGGUAAAUGCCGAUGUUGGCGUGUACAACAUGCCAGACGUGAAACCAUCUCAUUCGAUCAAUUUGAAAGAGGCCCAAGAGCGCCAGCUCAUCGUAACUGCUAAAAAGCCUCUUUCAAUGGCAGAGGCAAUGUCCUGCGGAAUUUUCAGACCGGAAAGUGGCAAGUUCAUUGACCCUGACAUCGGCGACUACCUCGAUCUCAACCAAGCUCUUCUGCAUGGUCUCAUCGAUGGAAAUACCUGCGCGCUGAAAGACCCACUCACAGGUCAGCUGAAGAGCCUGAACUCUGCAAUUGAAGACGGUGACAUCGAUGUCGCCAAAGGGCGCGUGAUAGAUCCUAAAACUAAAAAAUCUUACACUUUCGACACUGCUCUUGCGAGGGCUCUCCUAGUUACCGUUGAAAGACCAAUCACCUUCCAACAAGCCAUCCGUCGCGGCUCAAUCGAUUUUCUAAAGGGCACCUUCAAAGAUCCUCGAACCAGCAGAGAAUGCACUCUUGAAGAAGCAAUCAAAUCCGAACUCAUCGACCCUGAAUCUGCAGUCAUCAAAGAUCCAGAAACAGGACGAUUCAAAACGCUCAAGAGAGCGCUCAACGAAGGACUCAUCGACCUCAACAAGAGAGCCAUGUUUGAUCCGCAAAGUGGAAAAGUCAAAACACUCACAAUUAUAUUCGACCAGGGUACCAUUUUAUUCCUCAGAGAGCCACUGACCUUUGAUUCCGCGGUCGAACUCGGCCACCUUGACAUCAACACGGGCCGAUUCAAAGACCCGACCUCUGGCGAGUUGCUCACCUUAAAGGACGCGGUCAACGCCGGGCUCAUUGACCCUGAUUCUGCACUUGUGAAAGACACAGAAAAGUGCAAGCUCCUGCGUUUGCCUGAGGCGUACAAACAGGGGCUGGUUGAUGCAGAAAAAGCCAACGUGAUCAACACAGCAAGCAGUCACCUGUGCCCACUCAAAGUGGCUGCAGAGACCGGCUUGAUCGUCACCCCCAAGCGCGGAAUCUCCUUGAUUGAAACCCUGAAAUACGGGUUAUACCACCCAAAAGCCGGUGGCAAGUUCACUGAUCCGUUCACCAAUAAAAAACUGACCCUGUCCGAAACAAUUGAAACGGGAAUUAUCGACCCCAGUUUGACUAUGGUUAAAGACGCGCAAUCAGGCACAGUUAGUUCCCUCCCUGAAGCGAUUUCCUCGAAAUUAAUUGACGCCAAACUCGGAGAAAUGAUGGAAAAUUCAAGCGGACGCAAGAUCGAUCUGCUACAGGCGUUGGACAGGGGAUACUUAUUAGCGGCUGAAGCGAGGGAAGCGUUGAUGGAGAAAUACCGCCACUGUGAUGAGACAAUAUCAAAACUCCUGGAAUGGAUUGCUGACAUCGAAGAGCAGCUCGCCAACCAGGACUUGCUCAAGGAGACUAUUGAAGAGCUCAAAAAUCAAAUCAAUGAUGUCAAGCGCAUCAAAGACGAUCUGGAUGAACACUCAAGGCCUGUGGCCGCCAGCCUGGACCAAGCCCGCCAGAUCGCUGCUGAAGGCAAAGACGUCUUUUCCAGCACCGAAGUCGUUUUACUCGAAAAGAACGCUGAGAAGCUCAAGUCUCGGUACGAAAAGGCCUCAGACCGUAGUGACAAGCUCCUGCGCAAGCUGCUUGCCGGCGAAGAGGACCUUACGAAAUACAGAAAUGAGCUUCGCACUUUCACGACUUGGCUUACCAAGGCCCAGCAGAGCUUGGAGGAUAGGGAGAAGGCCCUGGGCACCCUGCAACGCAACGACUCCACAAAGGAGUUUGUGAUUGAUGUGAUCGCCCACCAGGCCGACCUACGUUUCCUCUCCAUGGCAGCUCAGAAGUUCAUGGAAGACUCCAAGGAUCACCUUUCCGUCCUCAACGAGUACAGAGUCAGCCUUCCACAGAGACUGUCCCAUCUGGAGCCCAGAAAGGCCUCUCUUGUCAAGCAGGAGUUGCAAGAUGUCACCCAGGCUUACCAGGAGCUGCUCGCAGGAGCCAACAAACUUCAAGAUAGGGUUGCCGGAGUUGGUGGUCGGCAGAAGGACUACAAGGACGCCCUGGACAAGGCCAGAGCAUGGCUCAAGGAGGCUGAGCCAAGAGCAAACAAGUGCCUUGCUGAGCCUGUCAGUGCUGAGCCCAGAGCCGUGGAAGAACAGCUGCUUAGGACCAAGUCUCUGCACACUGAGUUCAUUUCGAACGAGCGGUUGAUCAUCACUGCAGUGCAAACAACAGUGUCUCUGAUCAAGUCUCUGGAGGGCGAGCUGUCGGCGCAAGAUGCCGAUGCUUUGGAGAUGCCCGUGAGAGAGCUUGAGAACAAAUACAGGCAGUUGCUUGAUGCGCUUACUGAGCGCUGCCAAGCUCUUGACAUUGCGCUUGUGCAGAGUCAAGGCGUGCAAGACGCUCUUGACAAUCUGGGCAGCUGGCUGAAUGCAUCUGAAGGACAGCUAAAAUCUUUGGCGCGUCCUGCAAGCCUUAUUAAGGAAAGACUGAUGGAGCAAAUCAGAGAGCAUCGAAUGCUGCAGGCUGAUAUUGAUUCCCACCGCGCAGCUGUCGACAAAGUGUCUCAGUCCGCUCAAGAACUUCUUGCCACUGCCAGCAAUCCAAGGGUUGCCAAGAAAAUUGAGACAAAACUCAAGGAAGUUACCACAAGAUUUGAUAAAAUGGUCGAGCGAGUCAACAAGCACGGCUUGUUCCUCGAAGAGGUUGCGGUCGAGCUUGAGAAAUGGACUCUGCAGAGCAAUGCCUUGGAGAGCUGGCUGAUUGAAAUAUCUGAUGCUGUUGAGGUUGCCUCCAAGAUGCCUGCAGAAGAGCAACAAGUUCGUCUUGACAAGGCUCUUCAAGCGAGAGAAACCAAGAAACCAGAGUUUGAGGAAAUCCUAAGAGCAGGCAAAGCUCUUGUCUCCAAAAAAGAUGUUACUGAUACCAAUCAAGUCAGGGACAAGCUUAAGGCCCUCGAAAAUCAGUGGAAAGACUUUGGCAUCAUUCUUGAAGAGAAGCAGAAGCUGGGCAAGGCUCGUGCCGAGCAGCUCAAUGCGUAUGAAAAGCUACGCGCCCAAGUUCUUGAGUGGCUCACGUACAUGGAAAACCGUGUUAACCAACUCGCUCCUGUGGCAAUCGAGCCAGAUUCCAUCAAGAAACAGGCUGAAGAGAUCAAGCCUCUUGUCAAGGAGCAUCGCGAUUAUGCUAACACCAUUGACAAGGUCAAUGACCUGGGCAAUGCAUAUGACUCGCUCUUGCGUGGUGAAAGGCCUGACUCGCCUAACCGUAGGCGCAGCUCUGCCUUCAGUCCCACAAAAAGGCCCUCUGUCAGCAACCAGAGGCGUGGGUCGCAGGAUGCGCGAAGCCCGUCACCGACCAAGUUGGCUAACAAUUUCAAUAGCAUGCAAAGUCCUGUAUCACCGAAUGGUUCCAGUGGCUUUAGCAGUCGCAGAUCCUCUCAGGACGGUUUCCACAUGGAAGAAAGUCCAGUUCAGCAGCAGCUUGUUGAGAUCAACAACAGGUAUACCCUGUUGGGCUCCCGGCUCACUGACAGGCAAACAGAAGUUGAGGCUCUCAAGGAUGAAAUCAGAAAGCACCUUGACAACCUCAAAGCCCUCUCACAAUUUUUGGACAAAAUCCAAAGGCAGCUGCCCAAGGAGAGCGUGCCCCAAAGCAGAGACGAAGCUGACAAAGUUGCUCGCCAAAUUAAGGCGAUUAUGGAGGAAAUGUACGAGAAGCAGUCCCUAUUGGACAGUACUCGCAACCAGGUCAAUGACAUGCUCAAGCGGAAGCCGAAUGCUCCUGGUGCUGACACUUUGCGAGAUGAACUGACUGAUGUUGUCUCUAGAUGGAAGGGUCUGCAAGAUCGCUGCAAGGACAGAACCAAAUUUAUGGAAGACCUGAAGGACUUACUCGACACACACGACCAGCUUUCAAACUGGCUCACUGCCAAGGACCGCAUGAUGACUGUGCUGGGUCCUAUUUCUUCCGAUUCGAGAAUGGUCCAAAGUCAGGUGCAGCAAGUGCAGGUUCUGCGUGAGGAAUUCAGGACACAACAGCCGCAGCUGAAGCAUCUGACUGACCUAGGAGAGGGAGUCUUGAACCACCUUGAUGAAAACUCUCCAGACGGCCAGAGGGUAGCAAACAAGGUCAAUAGCAUUCUGGAACGCUGGGCUGAUCUUCUGGGCAAACUGGAAGACCGCGCCAACUCGCUCGGCGCUGCUGCCAACACCAGUCGCGAAUUCGACGCCGGCUUGGCUCGCCUCAAGGAAGCCCUGCAAGCCAUUUCUGAUGAACUGGAUGAGCUUCCCAUGGAUAAGGAGCCUGAGGAGCUGCUCAGGAAACUGGAGAACCUGGAAAGACAGCUUGAAGGCAAAAGACCUUUGUUGGCCGACGCUGAAGCAGCAGGGGAACAACUGUGCCAAGUGCUUGGCGAUGCUGCUUCCAGAUCAGAGAUUCAAGGCAAACUGGCUCAGGUCAACAAACAGUACCAGGGCAUCCAAAGGAAACUCGACCUCAAGAAGGCCGAGCUGGAGGGCAGCCUCAGAGACGGCCGUCAAUUUGGAGAAGAUUGCGCAAGGACUUUGGGCUGGCUGAAUGAUGAACUGGGUCAGCUUUCUGAAAAGCUUCUAGUGUCUGCAGACCGCCAUGUUCUGCAGCAGCAGCUUGAACACCAUGAGCCUGUGUACCGCGACGUGAUGGCCAAGGAGCAUGAAGUUAUAAUGCUUUUGAACAAGGGCCGUGACACACUCUCCAAGUCCCCUCAGCAACGAUCUGGAUCUGAAAGGAACCUCCAGAGAGAUUUGGACAAGAUUCAGCAGGCUUGGGAGAAAUUGAGGAAGGACGCAGUGGACAGAAACACCAGGCUGCAGACUUGCAUGGAACACUGUCGCAAAUUCUACCGGGGACAAGAAUCGUUCCUUCCCUGGCUGGAGCAGGCUGAGUCCCGUCUGGACACCUUGCGACCCACCAGCUUCAAGAAGAAGGACAUUGAGCGCCAACUGAAGGAACUCCAGAAUUUCCGCAAUGACGUCUGGCGCCAUUCUGGCGAGUAUGAAAACAACAGAACCCAAGGAGACACCUUCAUCAGCGCUUGUGACAUGGACAAGGAUGUUGUACGUAAUGAACUUGGAAGCAUGAAGGAGAGAUGGGAUGCGCUGAAUAACGAACUGCUGGAGCGCACCCAGUCCUUGGAGGACACAGCCCGUCGCCUUGCUGACUUCAAUGACAAUCUUCGUGAUUUCUCCCACUCAUUGGCCCGCUGCGAGGACAAGCUGGCUUCCCAUGAUGCCUUGGGAGGCGCUGCCAAAGAUCCAAAACUGCUGGAAAGGAUCAAGAAUCUGAGAGAAGAAACAGCGGCUCUGAAAACACCAUUGCAGUCUGUCAAGCAGCAGGCUGGAGAUUUGGCUGACCAAGCCGCCCAGCACGGAGCAGACGCUUCGUCGUUGCAAGAGGAUGUUGACGCUCUUGGUGACCGUCUUGAUGACCUCGCUGCCAGGCUGGACGACCGAUGCAGCGAGCUGCAAUCAGCUGCCUCUGCCGUGGGCCACUUCAAUGACCAGGUCAAGGGUCUUACCCACGAUCUGUCUCGAUUGGAGGAAGAGCUUGACGGCAUGAAGCCGCCUGCCAGAGAAAUCAAGGUUGUCAGAGUGCAGAUUGAGGAAACUGCCAAACUGGUCCGCAAGAUCAGCAAGGCUGGAGAAGACGUGACCCAAAUUGUGGAUGCUGGAGAAGAGCUGGUUGACUCUGGAUUCGCUGCUGAUGUGGCUGCGACUAGAGAACAAGUUGAGCUUCUGCAGAAGCAGCUUGGCCGCUUGGAAGAGAGGGCCAAGGGCAGGGAAGACGCCCUGGAAAGCACUCUGCAGAGGCUGGAGGCCUUCUAUGAAAUCCACACCGCUGUUGUCAGAGAAAUCAGCGAUGUCUGGGAGGAGACCAAGAGGUUCAAGACCGUUGCAACUGAAGUCGAGGCCAUCAGGAGCCAACAGGAGGAGUACAGGCAUUUCCACUCCGCCAACAUUGAAGGCCUCACUGUCCAGGUGGAGGAAUGCAACAAAUCUGGACAAGGUCUUAUUCAAAGUGCCGCCCCUGGUGUAAACACUGUCAAUCUUGAAAAGGAUCUGGAGAAGAUGAAUGAGAAAUGGAAUGACCUCAAGGAAAAGUUGAACGAAAGGCAGCGUAAAUUGGACGUUGCACUUUUGCAAUCAGGCAAAUUCCAAGAAGCACUGGAUGGCCUUGCCAAAUGGCUCACUGACACUGAAGAAAUGGUCGCUAACCAAAAGCCACCCUCUGCAGACUACAAGGUGGUGAAAGCUCAACUGCAGGAACAGAAGUUCCUGCGGAAAAUGUUGGCUGACCGCCAAAAUUCCAUGUCUUCCCUGUUCACCAUGGGUCAAGAAGUAGCUUCCAGCGCUGACCCAGCUGAGCGAAAGCAAAUUGAGAAGCAGCUCAAGGAACUGAUGGGUCGCUUUGACAAUCUGUGCAAUGGAGCCCAAAAGAGGCAAGAGGACCUGGAGAAGGCCAUGGAUGUGGCUAAGAGGUUCCAGGACAAACUUGCUCCCUUGAAUGAAUGGUUGGACAAGACAGAAAAGAAAAUCAAGGAUCUGGAAGUUGUACCAACUGACGAGGAAAUGAUCCAGCAGCGCAUCAAGGAGCAUGAUAAUUUGCACAAGGAAAUCAUUCGCAAGAAGCCAGACUUUGAUGAGCUGACAGAUAUUGCACAGCUUCUGAUGUCCCUUGUUGGAGACGACGAAGCCAGUGCACUUGCGGACCGUCUUCAAGAAGCCUGUGAUAGAUACGCAGCGUUGGCUGUCGACUCUGAAAAGGCCGGAGCCUUGCUGCUCGCGUCCAAGGCAGGUCUGCGCAACCUAGUUAUUUCAUACCAAGAUCUGCAAGGAUGGAUGGACGAGAUGGAAAGGAAGCUCAAUCAGUACAAGAUUCUGGCUGUACAUGUCGACAAGCUACUUGAGCAGAUGAACGAUCUUGCUGAUGUGACUGAAAACAUCUCCAAUCACCAGCAAGCUGUGGACAGCACUGUUGACAUUGGUCUGGAACUAAUGAAGCACAUUACCAACGACGAAGCCAUCCAGCUCAAAGAUAAACUCGAUGUGCUCCAACGCCGCUUCAAUGACCUUACUGUUAAGGGCUCAGAUCUGCUCAAGCAGGCUCAAGUUGCACUUCCUUUGGUGCAGAACUUCCACGAAAACCACACCCGGCUGGUGGACUGGAUGCACGCUGCCGAAGGCGCUCUUCAGUCCAUCGAGAGUGGCACUGGCGGCAGCGGCUCUACCUCGUUCGGCCAAAAUCUAGAGGAGGAAAUCCGCCGGCUGGAGGCUGAUCUUGCUGAGUACAGGCCUGUGCUGGACGCCAUCAAUGUGGUUGGUCCCCAACUGUGCCAGCUGUCGCCUGGCGAAGGCGCUUCCACCAUUGAAGGCUUGGUCACCAGGGACAACAGGAGGUUCGACGCCAUCGCUGAACAGAUCCAGCGCAAGGCUGAACGAUUCCACCUGUCCAAGCAGCGUUCCAUGGAGGUCAUCGGGGAUCUGGAUGAGCUACUUGAUUGGUUCCGUGAAAUUGACGGCCAACUUCGAGAGGCUGAGCCUCCUAGUGCUGAUCCUGACGUCAUCCGAGUCCAACUGAAGGAACACAAGACCCUCAAUGAUGACAUUUCAAGUCAGAAGGGCAGAGUUCGUGACGUUUUGUCCACCGCCAAGAAAGUCCUCAGGGAAACUAACCAGAACGAGGACACCUCCAUCAUCCGUGAGAAAGCAGAGGACUUGCGAGAAGUCAUGGACACCGUUUCAGCUCUCAGCUCGGACAGACUCAGCGCUUUGGAACAGGCUCUGCCUCUGGCUGAGCACUUCCACGAGACGCACGCUGGGCUUUCAGCCUGGAUGGACGACAUGGAGCAGCAGGCAAGCAUGCUGCAGCUGCCAGCCCUGAGGCCUGACCUGAUCGCGCAACAGCAGGAUAGAAACGAGCUCUUCUUGCAGUCUAUCAACGAGCACAAGCCUUUGGUUGACAAGCUGAACAAGACCGGAGAGGCUUUGGUCAAUCUGUGCGCGCCCGAGGAGGGAUCUAAGGUGGCCGACAUCAUGGAGGCUGACAACGCCCGCUAUGCCGCCUUGAAGGCCGAGCUUCGUGCCAGACAACAAGACCUCGAGAGGGCUCUUCAAGAAAGCUCUCAGUUCUCGGACAAGCUCGAAGGCAUGUUGCGUGCUCUCGCCAAUGCUGCAGAUGCGGUUAACGGUGCUGAUCCCGUUUCUGCUCAUCCCCCUAAACUCAAAGACCAAAUCGACGAGAAUGUUGCUCUUGGGGAAGACCUGGACAAGAGGGAGUCAGCUUUUGAAGCCGUUAAGAGAGCUGCUGAGGACGUGAUUGGCAAAGCCAAGAACAAACAAGAUCCGGCCGUCAAAGACAUCAGAAACAAACUGGACAGGCUCAACAAAUUGUGGAAAGACGUGCAGAAGGCGACAAAUGAUCGUGGAAAGUCUCUGGAUGGCACUUUAGCCAUUGCUGAGAAGUUCUGGAGGGAGCUUGAGGGUGUCAUGCACACUCUUAAGGAACUGCAAGACACCUUGCAGUCUCAGGAACCACCUGCAGUCGAGCCUUCGGCCAUCAAGCAGCAGAAACAGGUCCUGCAGGAAAUCAAGCGGGACAUUGACCAAACCAAACCAGAUGUGGAAAAGUGCAGGCAGACUGGACAAAACCUGAUGAAGAUGUGUGGAGAGCCCGACAAGCCAGAGGUUAAGAAGCACAUUGAAGAUCUGGACAAUGCAUGGGACAACAUCACUGCCCUGUAUGCCAAGAGGGAGGAGAAUCUCAUCGAUGCCAUGGAGAAGGCAAUGGAGUUCCAUGAAACUCUGCAGAAUCUCCUCGCUUUCCUGGAAAAGGCCGAGAUCAAGUUUGCCAAAAUGGGACCUUUGGGCUCUGACAUAGAUCAGGUGAAAAGACAAAUUGAACAACUCAAGGACUUCAAGGCUGAAGUUGAUCCUCACAUGGUCAAGGUCGAAGCACUGAACAGAUCCCUUCGAAGGCAAGCUCAAGAGUUGACUGAGCGCACAUCUGCAGACCAGGCGGCCGCCAUCAAGGAGCCGUUGUCCACAGUCAAUAGACGUUGGGACGAACUCCUCCGCGCCAUGGUUGAGCGCCAACGCCAACUGGAGAAUGCCCUCCUUCGUCUUGGACAGUUCCAGCACGCACUCGGAGAACUCAUGGUCUGGAUCGAUCGCACAAAUAAGACCUUGGACGAGCUGAAGCCUGUCGUUGGUGAUCCUCAAGUGUUGGAGGUCGAGCUGGCCAAGCUGAAGGUCUUGGUCAACGACAUCCAGGCUCACCAGACCAGCGUGGACACUCUCAACGACGCUGGUCGCCAGAUCAUCGAGUCUGAAAAGGGCACCACCAACGCCUCAGUCACUCAAGAUAAACUGAACAAUCUGAACGUCAAGUGGAGAGACUUGCUGCAGCGGGCUGCAGACAGGCAGAGAGAACUUGAAGAUGCCCUCAAAGAGGCUCACGAGUUCAAUGCUGACGUGCAGGACCUGCUGUCCUGGCUGAGCGACGUUGAUGGCAUAAUCGCCGCCUCCAAACCUGUCGGUGGGCUGCCUGAAACUGCUUCCGAACAGCUGGAGCGUUUCAUGGAAAUCUACAACGAGCUUGAGGAAAACAGACCCAAAGUGGAGACAGUUCUGCAGCAAGGCAACGAAUACCUGAAGAAAUCUAGUGCUGGAGCCGCCAAGAAUCUGCAGAAUCAGCUGAAGACCCUAAAGCAGAGGUGGGACAGCGUCACUGCCAGAGCCAAUGAUAAGAAGAUCAAGCUGGAAAUCGCCCUGAAGGAGGCCAACGAGUUCCACGAGGCUCUGCAAUUGUUUGUCGACUGGUUGACCGGCGCAGAAAAGACGUUGAGCAAUUUGAAGCCUGUUUCUCGCGUCAUGGAUACCAUUCUGGAACAGAUCGAAGACCACAAGACCUUCCAAAAGGACGUCAGCGUCCACAGAGAGACCAUGCUUGCCCUGGACAAGAAGGGCACACACCUCAAGUACUUCUCGCAGAAGCAGGACGUGAUCCUAAUCAAAAAUCUGCUCAUCAGUGUCCAACACCGGUGGGAGAGGGUUGUCUCCAAGUCUGCCGAGCGCACAAGGGCUCUCGAUUUAGGCUACAAGGAGGCCAAGGAUCUGCAUGACAGCUGGUCUGAGCUGAUGAAGUGGCUGACGGAGGCCGAAGACACUCUGGAUGAGCUUGCCGCAACUACUGGAAACGAUCCAGAGAAGAUCAAGUUGCAGCUGGCCAAGCACAAGGAGUUCCAGAGGGCACUCGCAGCUAAGCAGCCAUCAUAUGACGGCACAAUGCGGCUCGCCAAAAAUGUGAAGGAAAAGGCGCCCAAGUCUGACGAGAACCAACUCAAGGACAUGAUGACGGAGCUCAAGAACAAGUGGAACAGUGUUUGCGCCAAGUCAGUGGAUAGGCAGAGGAAAUUGGAGGAGGCCCUGCUGUUCUCUGGCCAAUUCAAGGACGCCGUCCAGGCUCUUUUGGACUGGCUCAAGAAAGUCCAGGGUUCAAUGGUGGAAGAUGGACCAGUGCACGGUGACUUGGACACUGUCAACGCUUUAAUCGACAAGCACAAGUCUUUCAAGGAAGAUCUUCAGAACAGAGAGACGCAGCUCAAGUCGGUCCUGAAAACUGGCGCCGAGCUCAAGUCCAAGGCUUCCGUUACUGACGCCGAAACCAUCACCAAGCAGCUGGAUGAGAUGAAUGAUUCGUGGUCUAAGGUUGUGCGUAUGAGCGACAGGCGAAGCUCUAGACUGGAGGAAGCAUUGAAGGAUGCUGAAAAACUGCACAAAUCGGUGCACAUGCUUCUGGAAUGGCUCUCUGAUGCUGAGAUGAAGCUCAGAUAUGCUGGACAGUUGCCUGAGGAUGAACUGGAAGCCAGGCAGCAGAUCGAAGAACACACCAAGUUCUUGCGGGAGCUGGGUCAGAAGGAGUACGAGAAAGACGACACCAUCAGGCUUGCCCAAAACAUCUUGGAGAAGGCCCAUCCCGAUGCCAUUUCAGUCAUCAAGCACUGGAUCUCAAUCAUCCAGUCGAGAUGGGAAGAAGUUUCCAGCUGGGCCAAACAGCGUGAGUCUAAGCUCAAGGACCACAUGCAAUCGCUCCACGACAUGGAAGACAUUUUGGAAGAGCUUCUUAGCUGGCUAGGAGGCCUUGAGAGGACGCUGCAAGAUCUGGAGGCUGAGGAUCUUCCUGAGGAGCCUGUGCUGAUCGAAGGAUUGAUCAAGGACCACACCGAAUUCAUGGAGACCACGGCAAAGAGGCAGGGAGAUGUGGAUGGGGUGUGCAAACCCCGCCAGAUCCAAGCGCCCAACCCAACCAAGCAGCCAGCCACCUUGGGCCGCAAGGGUUCCAAGCCUAAGACCAGCAUCGGGGGUAGAGACGACUAUGACGGAUACAGAGACCGAGAGUCGUCGCCUGAACACGACCUGGGCAGGAGAUCAAGCCUCAGGCACGGAUCUCGGGAAUCAACUCCUGGAAUCCAGUUGCGCAAGGAUAGUCGUGCAAGCCCAACCAGAGAGAAAACGCCAGACGAUUUGCCUCACUAUGGACCUCGUUUCCCUCCCAAAGGAAGCAAAGCGGAGCCGCAGUUCCGCAAUCCGAGGGUGAAGUUGCUGUGGGACAGGUGGAGAAAUGUUUGGAUGAUGUCAUGGGAACGACAGCGCCGUCUGCAUGACCGCCUCAAGUACCUUAUCGAACUUGAGAAGGUCCGCAACUUCAGCUGGGAUGACUGGAGAAAUAGGUUCCUGAAGUUCAUGAACCACAAGAAGUCCAGACUCACGGACCUCUUCAGAAAAAUUGACAAGAACGGAGACAGUCUCAUUCCACGCGAAGAUUUUGUUGAUGGCAUAAUUAAAACCAAGUUCGACACAAGUCGACUGGAGAUGAACGCUGUAGCCGACAUGUUCGACCAUGACUCUCAGGGUCUGAUUGAUUGGCACGAAUUUAUCGCUGCUCUGAGACCAGACUGGGAAGACAAGAAGCCGAAGACCGAGGCUGACAAGAUUCACGAUGAAGUCAAGAGGCUGGUCAUGAUGUGCACGUGCCGGCAGAAGUUCAGAGUGUUCCAAGUUGGAGAGGGCAAAUACAGAUUUGGAGACAGUCAGAAACUCAGGCUGGUCAGAAUUUUGAGGUCAACUGUGAUGGUGCGUGUCGGUGGUGGUUGGGUGGCCCUUGACGAGUUCUUGGUCAAGAAUGAUCCCUGCCGAGUGGAAAUGUUACCAAUACCAGAUCCGAACAAGCCAGAGCAACACGAGGCUUGGUGUCCUCUGGGGCCAAUUGAGAAAUCCAAGGGUCGAACCAACAUUGAGCUGCGCGAGCAAUUCAUCUUGGCGGAGGGUGUUUCCCAGAGCAUGACUGCCUUCAAAGCCAAACCCAGUCCCAACUCGUCAAAUGUGUCGAGCCAGGGUGGUUCUGGCCAACGAAGUUCCUUCUCAGGCACAGCUGGUCCCAUCACCAAGGUGCGAGAAAGGAGCGCUCGUAGCGUGCCCAUGAACACUAAGGGCCGAUCCUCCUUCUCUGGCGGCACCCCUGACUCCCUCAGCGACAACGAGACCGGAUACCCACGCACAUUCCGCAAGACGUCGGCGCCGGUUGGACGGUCCAGUCUGACGCCAGGAGGCAGCCAGCCAGGCAGCCGCCCUGGCAGCAGGACCGGAAGCAGGCCUGUCAGCAGGCACGGCUCCAACAUGUCCCUUGAUAGCACUGAUGACUGCUGUACACCAAGCCGUAUUCCCAUGAGGCGCGUUACUGCGCCCUCAAGCGGGUAUGGCAGAACGACCGUCUCUUCAGCCAGGAAACUCACUGUGCCCAUCAACGGCACAGCUCCGUCGUCACGUCCGAGGACACCCACUAGCCUGAGCACACCGACCGGCAGGACCGGAGGCAGGUUGCAGAGGGCCACGUCGGCGUCCAGCAUACCCUCUUUGUCAGGGUCUGGCAUUAGGUCCAAGAUUCCGGUCUAUGUUGGUUCCGAAUCUUUAGGGAAUCAGCAGGCGGCAAGUCUUACUUCUGCUUCUUGUCCUGGUUCAAAAAGGACCAGUUCGUCUAACAUUCCUGUCCUUGUGAAGAAUUCAUCCAGGCCCGUAACUUUUAAAGAGACAAAAAGUUGCACGCCUAAAGGCAGGUCGAGAACACCAUCAGCGUCCAACAUUCCCGUUUUAGUAUCAAACUCCAGCAGGACCCGAACACCGUCAGGCGCAAGCACCCCUGGCACCGCCACCCCUGGCUACACGUCCAAGUUGGUGCGUCGUUCGUCAGGAGCGUCGGACACGGCGACCGGCAUCACUCGAAAGGGCUCGAAGCAGCAGUCCCCGGAGAGUCCUGCGCCAUUCCACCUUUAAGAAAAAGCUCUCUAAUGAAUGACCUGCAUUAAUUACUACAAUUUGUGUUCUUGAGUAACCGCAACAGUGAUUAACUCCUCAAAGUAUAGUUUUAACACAUUUACUUAAAAAAAAGACGCAAAACCGUAAAUGGAGUUUAAUGUCAUUUCAAGUUGUUUUUAAACGCAAAAUGAAAAAACAUCAUGUAACAGUUCUUUUUUUAAUUUGCAUUAAUUUAGUUUUAACACAUAUCAAAUGAUGAGUUGUAAUGUGUCGUAAUCUAGUAUCGUUGCAAAUAUAUACAUGUACCAGCAUUAAACCACCAAAUAGGUCUGAUUAACAAGGAAAUUCGCUCUCGGCCGCUGCUUCGCCGGUCCCGCCUAAUAACUCCGGUUGAUGCGUGUGCGGCGCAUCGGACGGACUUUAUUUUGCCUGGAGGCGAAUUCUGUGGCGAGCCAAAGAAAAGGGGGGUCUUUUCGGGUUCGCACUCACAGUCAGCUGGCCGCAGAGCCGGGAACCACCGAAGAGCCAUUCAAAGUUUUCUUUGCCAUAUAUACAAACUAGUUUUUAUUUAAGUUGGCUCUUCGCGAGGUGCGCAUUACAACUAAUGAGACAAAUGAUUACAAGUGAAGAACUAAUAACGACUGAAUUCUUUGCAACUCUGGCAAAACGCAUGGUGUAAAUAAAACGCAUCAUUACUACUAUUAUCGAGUAUCUAGUGAAUAUAAAAAUGUAUCUUGAAUUUGUAAAGAGAGAUGAGAAUUUUGUUCUAGUUUCAGGCACAAUCGAUUGUUACUCUCCGCCCCCGUUUGAAAUGUUCCCACAGAGAAAAAGACGCAUGCAUUGUUGUUUAGUUGAAUCUAUUAGAGUCGUUUGCCAAUUUACGAAUGUAAAGAAGAAUCAGCACAAAUUAUUUUUAUGGAAAGCUGAUUUGUUCUCGACGCUGCUACCGCUGUGAGCUUAUUUGAUACGAGGUUUACACUACAUUUCAAUUGCACGUUGCUGUAAAAACACCUCAUUCGAUGUAAACUAAAUCGUGUAAAAUCAUUUUAUUUUUCUUUGUGUGGGCAAGUUGCAAUUUUGCAACCAGAAAUUUAUCGUGAAAAUCUGUUUUUAAAAGCUUCAGUUGUGUCUCGUAUCAGCGAUGGGAAUUUUGAGCCAGCAAAAUUUACUCUGGAACAUAAAAAACACGAGCAUUACAAAAAAACGUAGUUUAAAAAUCUUGUUAACAUAAUAAUUUUGCUUAAUAAAAUCUCACCUUAUUAAA